GGUGCUUGCGGCACGGGGGACUGCGGAAAUCGCUGUGGCGGCCACUGCCACUGGAGUUCAGAAGAUUCUGAUGUGCACGCUUAACAGCGUCUCAUCUCUGUCUAUCGGGUCUCAACUCAUGCUCAUCCAGCCUAUUGCCACUUUUUUGCUGAACAGGGCAGGAUUUGGCUCUCUUACCGAUAUCCUUUUCCGUGGGUGCACUGCACUGAACAACACCGUCGGAGGCACGGGAGGCUCUGCUGGAGGGUCUACCGGAGGAGGAUCUUUCGACAUUUCGGCAUCACUCGCCAACGCCCUGAGAUGCACCAACAUAUCUCUCGGGAGCGACACCCUCUGCAAUGGUCAAAUCACUCUGACUCUUCCCGGAGUUCUAAACGCCUCACAGUCUUUGUAA